UACUUCCUGCAUGGCCAACCAGCUUGUAAUGUUUUGCGGGAACGGUGGACUUCCACAGAUUCAAACAUGACAUUCAUUUUACAGUAGAUAUCACGUUGAUAUAUUUGUAAUUCUCGAUCUUUUAUUUUGUCGCGAGGGAUCUCAUCGGUUCGCUGCUGUUCGUUUUGACUGGCUUCCCACCUUCCUCAGUCUGGUAAACAAAUACAGAGGUGUAAACAUGAGCAAGGCGAGGUCGAGAAGGGACAGAAGGAUCGCUCCGCCUGGCGUCACAAGGGUGACUCGCAGCUCCAUCAACCCUCAGGACUCUCAGCGCUCUACACCCACAGAUUCAGGCCUGGUCGACGACCUCAGCCUCAUGAGCGUGAGUGAACAGCAGGCCUCAUUAGCACGGAAAGGGGAGUCCUACCAGAGUUCGUCUCCCAGCGCUAAAGCCGUUCUCUCCUCGCCCUCUGGCAGCUCUGUCCCGCGCGGGGCUUUGGACACUAUCGGCCGCCUGAUGAAGCUCGGCCGGGUGCGAAACAUUGUGGUGGUUGCUGGAGCAGGUAUCAGCACGGCCAGCGGUAUACCAGACUUCAGGACACCAGGGACGGGUCUUUAUGCGAACCUUGCGAAGUAUGACAUCCCUUAUCCAGAGGCCAUCUUUAACAUCGACUACUUCUCUGACAACCCUCAUCCUUUCUUCUCAUUGGCUAAAGAGCUGUUCCCUGGACACCACCGUCCAAACUAUGUUCACUAUUUCAUCCGUAUGCUGCAUCAGAAGGGCCUGCUGCUCCGCAUGUACACUCAGAACAUCGAUGGGCUCGAAAAACUGUGCGGUAUCCCAGAUGACAAACUUGUGGAGGCUCAUGGGAGUUUUGCCACUGCUGCCUGCCACCUCUGCUAUACGCCUUAUCCUGCCGAGGAGGCCAAGCAAGCUAUAAUGAAUGGCAACGUUCCCAUCUGUACAUUUUGUGCCGGGGCAGUCAAACCUAAUGUCGUGUUCUUUGGAGAAGAUCUGCCAGAAAAGUACUUUCAACAUGCUGAAGAUUUCCCAAAAGCUGACCUUCUCAUGAUCAUGGGCACUUCUUUAAAGAUCGAGCCUUUCGCCAGCCUGGUCAACACGGUGAAGUCCACAGUGCCUCGUCUGCUGCUGAACCGUGAUCCAGUCGGGCCCUUUGAACGGAGGCCCCUGAGGAGGGCCGACUACAUGGAGCUGGGAGAUCUCUCCGAUUCUGUCCGAAAGCUUGCCGAGAUCCUGGGAUGGCAUACUGAGAUCCAAGACCUGAUGAACAGCCAUGAAAAUGGGCUUUGUUCAUAUACUGACCCCAGCAAUAGCAGCGGUGAGAACAGUGACUCUUCAGAGACCGACAGCAUGCACUAAUGUCAUCCACAGACAGGCUUUUAUGUUUAAAAUAUCACAGAGUAUGGCAGUGGACACCUGGCAAGGCUUCAAAACCCACAGUGAUGUUUAUGUAUAUCAUUACAUCUGAAUGUUUUAGGAUGUCAUUAUUCUUACCAGUAGUAACAGCCAGUUUGACUGUGUUUCUGGGCAGUCUUUUCCUGAAACGGAUAAACAGCAGCCUUGUUUGACCAGACAGUGAAACUUGGCCGUGUUUCUGGUCGGAUUAGACUCAAUUUUUGUUGGGUUUAAAAUGAUUAUCUGCGUAGUGUCUGCUGCUCAUUUUGACUGAAAACCUGCAUCUGGAUUUCUUCUAAAUUCUAGCACUUAUUCAUUACGGCUUUUCAUAAAGAGUAUAAGCAGAGAACUGUAAUUACGUCACAUCUGCACAUCGUGAUUCAAAGAUACGGACCCGUUUAGAAUGCGAAAAUGUCUGCUUUUAGGUAAAAAUAAAUACAUUUUUAUCAGACCCUGAAAUGUGGCACUUAUUUUGUUAGUUUAGGACCACUAAUUAUCUCUGGACAGAUAAAAGGUGCUAUAAGGCUCCUUUUAGCAUUCUACAAACUAUAUCCAAACCAUAAUCAAGAUUUGAAUCUUUAUUUGGAAAGGUUGGUGGUGUGCAGUUAAUGUGAAAAAUUGGAAAUGUACGGUUGUAUAUAAAUGUGUAUGUAUGUCUAUGUAUUUGUUUGCUAGUUGUAAGUCAUUUGGUAUCCAGCGAGUCAUGGUUUGGCCCCAGUGAGUGAACGGUGCUAAAUUAGCAUGGGAGGCAUGACCUCCCAAGUGUGCAGUGCCCCCACUGUGUGUUUUCACAGGCACUGCAGCCUCCAAGCAGGAGCUCCAACCCUCCCAAAACUCUAAUAAAUGUCUUUGGUUAGCAACAAAGAACCCCAAUAUCCCGCUGUGUGUGUGUGGUUCUGCGUAUGAGAACGGCUGUGGGCGCAAUUUGAUCUUGCACAGGGUCAGUGAAGUAGCUGGUAAUUACCACACUGCUGUGAUCAUAUCUGUUCAUGUCCCUCAGGGAUUUUGGCACCUUUUGAGAUAUAUGGACAAAAGGCCAGAAUGCCUAUUAAAUGUUUCAGUCCAUCUCGUAUCUUUAUUCAUAUAUGCAGGUUGCCAUGUUUGUUUUGUUGAAGCCUGUUUACCAGCUGUCUUUUAAAUCGGUGUUUCUGAUUCAUGGAAUGGUGGUUUUGUUUAAAAUGGGACUCAACAGUCAACUUGGCUCUCCAGUUGAAUAUGAUUGAUAGUAGUUAAAGCUUGCAUUUGUUGUUCUUAACGUUCUCGCCAUUUGUACUUCUGAAUAUUAAAAUGCUGCUUUUUUUAAUUUUUAUUAUAUCCUGUUAAUAAAAAUUGCAUCGUAUGGUAUUUAAUA